AUGGUAAACAGGAUUCAAAAUGCUGAUGAUAUCAUACGGCAAGUUCGACAUGAUGAUGUGGCAGCAAAUAAUAACCAAGCAGCUAUAGUCGAAAGAAUUAUGGUUCGAAAUGGGGUAAAUUUUGUCCUUAGAAGACCAAAUUAUAUGUCACCUUUAGCAGAAUAUGUCCUACAAACGGCUGCACCCCUGAGGACCAAAAUCCCCAAAUUCACCAAGUUUGCUGAGGAUACUACUGAGUCUACUGUCGAACACGUGGAGAGAUAUUUAAUCGAAGCUAGAGAUAUGUCAAAUAACGAGAGUCUUCGGAUAAAUUUUUUUCCAAGUUAUCUUACAAAGAAUGUCUUCACAUGGUUCACAACUUUGCCCCAAAAUUCGAUCCACUCAUGGAACCAACUGGAAAGAGUGUUCCAUGAACAGUUCUACAUGGGGAAAACAAAGAUAAGUUUGAAAGAGUUGGCUAGUGUCCGACAGAAAUUCACAGAGCCAAUUGAUGAUUACCUAAAUAGAUUUCGACUACUCAAAGACAGGUGUUUAACGCAAGUACCAGAGCAUGAACUAGUCGAAAUGGCCGCUGGGGGCCUUGACUAUUUGAUUAGAAAGAAAUUAGAUACUCAAUACCUAAGGGAUAUGGCCCAGUUGGCUGGCAAUGUUCGACAGGUAGAACGUUUAAAAGAAGAAAAGGCUAGGACGAACAAAGGUAAAAGGGUGGCUUAUGUCGAUUUCAGGAAAGAUGACGAAGAUUCAUAUCAUGAAGUUCCAAACUUCGACGAUACUGAGAUCGACCUUGCUGAAUUGACGCAAGGGCCACCAUAUGUGUGCAAAGUUUUAACUCCUUCCAACGGGAAAGACCCUGUCGAACCUGAAAAGAAUGACAGGUUUCCUAAGAAAACAUACACAUUCGACGUUACAAAAUGUGAUGAAAUCUUUGACUUACUAGUCAAAGAUGGACAGAUGAUAGUACCUCCAGGUGCUAAAGUACCCCCUUUAGAACAAAGAAAGAAACGAGGGUUUUGUAAAUACCAUAGUUUUUUGGGUCAUAAAACGUCUCAAUGUUUUCUUUCCAGGGAUCUGGUGCAGAAUGAAAUCCAGGAGGGAAGACUCAAGUUCGGUGAUAAGACACGGAGCCAGAUGAAAAUUGACUCCGAUCCUCUAGAAAUUGCUGAAGCUCAUUAUAUUGAGCCAGAGGAGAUGAAUUUCAUGGAAGUUGCUGAUGAUUUCUGUAUGACCGAAGUUACUGAAGACUUUGACAAUAGGCUUGUCAUGGUUAUAGUACACGAGUACUUCGAGCAGGCACCUCUUGACGAUUUCUCCCAAAGGGGUUCAGAGGAUGCCAACAAAGAAGAUGUUGAAGCCUCAGGUGUCGAGGGUGUUGGAAAUUCAAAGUUAGUGAUGAUCACUAAAGAAACCACUGAUAAUUUCAUUCAGUUGGACAAGGCCACUGAUAGCCUUCAAAAAUAG